GGAAGGCGUUUUGAGGUUGAAAGUUAGUGGAAGAGGAUGUUAGGUGCAGUGGUUGAUGCCUGAGGCCUAUCAAACAAACGACACCCUGUAUUGGCUUUUAAAUUCCCCCCACCCCUAUAAGCCUUCCUAAAAAGGACUCAAUCUCUCUCACAAACAGCACAAGAGACUUCUCCAGAGAGCAAAGCCAAGCCAACCAAUAGCCAAACGCUCACGCAACCCCCUACUCCUGCUUAUCCGCAACUCAAUCUUCUCCAAAACCCAGAUGGAUCCCGGUCUCCAAACCCCAAAAUCCCAAGAAUCCACCACCGAAGAACAGAACCAGCAACAGCAGCUUGCCAUUCUACCUUGCCAAUUCAUUUCACCUCCAUUUGCCACUGCCUCUCUCUCUCUUUCUUUAUCCACAAUACUCCCUACCUACUUUUUCAACCAGCCAAAAAUCUCUUCUUUGUUUUCGCACACACCAACCAAGGCCAAAAUUCCCACUCAGGCCUCUUCUCUCUCUCACCUCUCUCUCUCCUCCUCGACUCUCUCCCCUCCCAAACUCUCCUUCAAGUCCACCAUCUCUGCCAACCCUUUACAGAACACUCUCUCUCUGGGCCCACGCCGCCCCGCUGACCCCUCCAAUGCCGCCGGAAUUCGUCGAGCUUCCAUCGUUUGGUUCCGCAACGACUUGCGUGUCCAUGACAAUGAGUGCCUCAACUCUGCUAAUGAUGAGUCCAUGUCUGUUUUGCCUGUUUACUGCUUUGACCCUAGAGAGUAUGGCAAAUCCUCUUCUGGGUUCGAUAAGACUGGGCCUUAUCGUGCCACUUUCUUAAUCGAAUCGGUUGCUGACCUCCGCAAGAACCUUCAGGCUAGAGGGUCCGACCUUGUGGUCAGAGUUGGGAAGCCGGAAACUGUAUUGAUUGAGUUGGCCAAGGCCAUUGGGGCUGACGCUGUUUAUGCACACAGAGAGGUGUCUCAUGAUGAGGUCAAGGCCGAGGAGAAGAUUGAGGCGUCCAUGAAAGAUGAGGGAGUUGAGGUGAAAUACUUCUGGGGAAGUACUUUGUAUCACGUGGAUGAUCUGCCUUUCAAGUUGGAAGAAAUGCCAUCGAAUUAUAGCGGAUUUAAGGAGAAAGUACAGGGAGUGGAGCUUAGGAAAACCAUUGCUGCAUUGGAUCAAUUGAAGGGGAUGCCAUCAAGAGGAGAUGUGGAGCCUGGCGAGAUCCCAUCUUUGUUGGAUUUGGGUCUCAGCCCGACCCAGGAAGGAAAGGCAGUUGCUAAUGCUUCUAUGGUGGGAGGAGAGACUGAAGCACUGCAGAAGCUUAAAAAAUUUGCAGCAGAGUGCCAAGCACAACCACCCAAAGGAGGCAGCCAUGACAGCAUAUAUGGUGCAAACUUUUCCUGCAAAAUUUCCCCAUGGCUAACCAUGGGAUGCAUCUCUCCUCGUUCCAUGUUUGAUGAGCUAAAGAAAACAGCUGCCAGAACUAUUUAUGCCGCUGCAAAUCGUAACGAUGGUGGUAGCUCUCCAGACACUGGAAUGAACUGGUUGAUGUUUGAGUUAAUGUGGAGGGAUUUCUUCAGAUUCAUCACCAAGAAGUACAGUUCUCCAAAGAAACAGCUUGAAGCAGCUCCAGCCGCAGCUUGUGCGGGUGCCCUUGCAUAGGCAAGAAUCUAUUUUGGUCAUCAAAGGAGCUUAUUUUUAUGUGGAGUGCGUUACAUAAUCAGUUUCGACAAUGUAGUUAGAUGUUGUAGUAGUGUUGAUUAAAGGGAGUUCCCCUGUCAAACCUUGGGUUCUCCCUGUCAAAUAAGUUCAUUGAAAUUUGGAUACUGCGUUAUUUUAGAAACCUUUUCUAUUUUUGCACCUCAUGUGAAUAACAGAUCCCCUGUUCUGCUUUU